CGGCAAAGUUGCCACACGGAAUUUCUUCUUGUGCAUCGGUAGACGCCGGAAAGUAAGCAAAAGUUUCGCACUUUUGUUUGUGCCAACUUUCUUGCCAGCGAGAUGUUUUAAUAAACUCGCCAUCGAGUUCAUUAAAUUUGAUUCAAGUAAAUGUGUUUGUGCCCCCGAUAAGUGAGUGUUUUUCCCCGUUUUGCCGGAACACAAGUGGAGACAAUUGCGGCUGAUUGAUAGACAAUUAGCGAAAGUGGAUGCUGCUGAUGCUGCAAGCGAAGAGCAACAACUGUUUGUGCAUAAAUAACCCAAAGCAACAACCGCCGGCCCAAGUGUCAUUAACCUAAUUGCCGCGAAAGAAGCCACCUCACCGCUUUGGCCCAACCGAAAAAAACCCACGGCCAUAAAUACGAGGAGCAAAGGAAACAACGUGCAACGUGUUGCAAUAAAAACAAAUUUGCAUAAAACAGCUAGCAACUUAGCACCUCGCUGGACGACCAGCGACUGCGGAGUCUAACAAAAACUUAAAGAAGUAGCUAACCUCUUGGUGCUCUAAGUCUUGCAUUGCGUCGACGCGACGCUGCCCUUAGCGAUUCCUUUUGACCACAACAAACCGAGCACGCAAGGUCCCAGUGAAAGCGCCUUAAGAGAACGCUGACGUGACUGGCUCCGCAGCAGGACACACACCAACACCAGGACAAUGUCCCACGAAGAGAACGACGACUACCUGGCCAGCUUGAGUCAGGCCCAGACCGCCGAGGAGGAGGUCGAUGGUGGAGGCGCUUUAGCGGCUGGCAGUAACGAGUCCGUUCUGAACGGCCAAACAAUGCCACAAAUUAGUCCGAACGCACCGCUCGAGGGAAACGUUUCGCCGCCACCGACGCAGCCCCAUUUGGACGAUAAUCUGCACAACGGCAACACCAGCGCCAGCAGCAACAUCAACAAGCACGCCAGCAACAGCAACAUCAACAGCAACAGCAACAUCAACGGUAACGGACACGACAGCAACCGCAGCAGUCCUGCCAAGAGUCCCAAGCGUCCUGUGUCGUCCAGCUUCCGGAUUCAGAACGCCCAGUACGAUGACGAGGCGGAGGACCUAGCAGCCGGCGAGCAGGUGGCAGGCGGAGAUCGGUCCCAGUUGCCGGACUACUGGCAGCAGCGGAACGGAGGCACAGGAGCAACCAGUGGGCGGCAGAGUCGCGCCCUCAGCCCCGGCUAUCUGGACAACAUGAGCGAGAACUCGGAGCAGCCGCCGGUGGUGCCGCUGGUGCGGUCCAAGUCCCGGCCGGAAAUCUCCAGUGCUGCGGCCGCGCGGUACAACAACCUUUCGUACUGGAAGGCCCGCCGGGUGGUGUUCUACCGCAACGGCGAUCCCUUCUUUCCCGGCGUGGAGCUGCGAUACCGCCCGGGGCGGGAUGUCACCUCGCUGGACAACCUGCUCGACAAGAUCUCCCCCAAGAUGGACCUGCCGCGUGGCGCCCGCUACGUGUUCUCCAUGGACGGGGACCGAAAGUACCACCUGGACGAGCUGGAAGACGGAGCCUUCUAUGUCGUAUCCUCGUUCAAGGCCUUCAAGCCUGCCAGCUACGGCAAGAAGAACGGGAUGUGGUAUGCGUCGCCUGGAAACCAGGGAUGGGGCUCCAAGCCCGCCAGUCGGAAGCCCUCAAUAAUGGAAGCGGAUUUGGGCACAUUAUCGACCACAUCAGGCUCGAUAAAGCGCAGCGCCGGCCGUGUGAUACGCAUCAUCAAUAAUUUGGAUCAUUCGGUGCAGUGCCGCGUUUUGCUGAACCUACGCACCUCGCAGCCGUUUGAGGAAGUGCUCGAGGAUUUGGGUCAAGUGCUGAAAAUUAACGGAGCAAAGAAAAUGUACACAGGCACUGGCCAGGAGGUACGCAGCUUCUCCCAACUGCGGAACGAGUUCGCCGACGUGGACACCUUCUACCUGGCCACGGGCACGGCCUUGAUAGCCGGCUCUCCCAUCCGGCGCUCCCGAUCCCGCCCCUCGGUGGUGGCCGCCGCCCCCAUUCUGCCCACGGACGAGCUGCCCAAGGUGCCGCUGCGAGGAGCCCGUCCGCGGAGCAAGAGCCGGCCGCGAAUCCUGUACGCUCCGGAGAGCGAGAUCCUGCGGCCGAAUGGCGAGUACACGAUGCUGGACAUUAUGAAGGAGGAGCCCACCAAAGUCACAAUUCGGGGGCUGCGACGCACCUUCUAUCCGCCCGUCCACCAUGCGCCGGCGGACAACUCCCCGCCGGACAAAAAGCUGCAGCUCCAAUGGGUCCAUGGAUACCGCGGCAUUGAUGCGCGGCGAAAUCUCUGGGUCUUGCCCUCCGGAGAACUGCUCUACUAUGUGGCCGCCGUGGCCGUGCUCUUUGAUCGCGACGAGGAUGCCCAGAGGCACUACAUUGGACACACCGAGGAUAUCAUGUGCAUGGAUGUUCAUCCCUCCAGAGAGCUGGUGGCGUCCGGCCAGAAGGCUGGACGAGAUCGGAAGUCGCAGGCACACGUUCGCAUCUGGAGCACUGAGUCCUUGCAGACGCUCUACGUCUUUGGCAUGGGUGAACUGGACAGCGGGGUAACCGCCGUGGCCUUCUCACAGCUGAAUGGUGGAAGCUACAUACUGGCGGUGGACAGCGGACGCGAGAGCAUCCUGUCCGUGUGGCAGUGGCAGUGGGGUCACCUGCUGGGCAAAGUGGCCACCCUGCAGGAGGGACUGUCGGGGGCGGCCUUCCACCCGCUGGACGAUAAUCUCAUCAUCACCCACGGACGAGGUCACCUGGCCUUCUGGCACCGGCGCAAGGAUGGCUUUUUCGAGCGCACGGACAUCGUGAAGCAGCCUUCGCGCUCCCAUGUGACCAGUGUGCAAUUCGAGCCGGAUGGCGAUGUGAUCACGGCGGACUCGGACGGCUUCAUCACCAUCUAUUCGGUGGACUCGGAUGGCGCCUACUUCGUCCGCACGGAGUUUGAGGCCCACAACAAGGGCAUCGGCUGCCUGAUCAUGUUGGGCGAGGGCACCCUUCUCUCCGGAGGCGAGAAGGAUCGUAAGAUCGCCGCCUGGGACUCCCUGCAGAACUACAAGAAGAUCGCCGAUACCAAGCUCCCCGAGGCCGCCGGAGGCGUGCGCACCAUCUAUCCGCAGCGCCCCGGGCGGAACGACGGGAACAUCUACGUGGGCACCACCCGGAACAACAUCCUGGAGGGCUCGCUGCAGCGCCGCUUCACCCAGGUGGUGUUCGGCCACGGGCGGCAGCUGUGGGGCCUGGCCGCCCACCCGGACGACGAGCUGUACGCCACCGCCGGCCACGACAAGCACGUGGCCCUCUGGCGCAAGAACAAGCUCAUCUGGACCAUCCAGACGGGCUACGAGUGCGUGGCGCUGGCCUUCCACCCCUUCGGCACCCUGGCCGCCGGCAGCACCGAAGGUCACCUGCUGGUCAUCAACUGCGAGAACGGGGCGGUCAUGCUGACGCUUAGGGUCUGCGGGUCUCCCCUCAACUGCGUGGCUUACAACCAGGUUGGUGACAUGAUAGCCAUGGGCUCGCAGAACGGCAGCAUUUACCUCUUCCGGGUGUCGCGCGACGGCUUCUCCUACAAGAAGGUGAACAAGAUCCGGGGAUCGCAGCCGCUGACCCACCUGGACUGGAGCAUGGACGGCAACUUCGUGCAGACGGUGACCAUCGACUUCGACCUGCUCUUCUGGGACGCCAAGUCGCUGUCCCCGGAGCGCAGUCCCAUCGCCAUGAAGGACGUCAAGUGGCUAACCAACAACUGCACAGUGGGCUUCCUUGUGGCGGGUCAGUGGAGCAACCGUUACUACAGCACCACCAACACCAUCGUGGCCACCUGCAGUCGAUCCGCCGCCCACGACAUGCUCGCUUCCGGCGACGCCGAGGGCUAUCUGCGAUUGUUUAGGUACCCCUGCAUAACGCCGCGCGCCGAGUUCCACGAGUCCAAGGUGUACUCAGGCAUGCUGGCCUGCGUCCGCUUCCUGUGCGGCGACCAUACGCUCAUCACCGUGGGCGGCACAGACGCGUCGCUGAUGGUGUGGGACAUCGUCGAGGAAUAGCUGAAAUGGCCACCGUGGCACCGCACCGCCGCCCAGUACGAGGCCAGCUACUCGGACUACUGGCACCGUCGCGCCUCGAGGGUCUCCUCCACGGUCCUCGACAGCGACUCGGUGGACUACCAGUAGUCCGGGCGAAGGAACUCGGAAUGGACGGCGAACUGCUUGCUAGACCCUGACGAACUACAAUUGGCCAGCGUUCCGUUUUUGGUUUUAGACGAAAGAAUAUCGACAUUAGAUAAAUGCACGUAAUACGAGAUAAAUUCGACAUUUUCGAGACGUUUUUGAAAAGUGAAAUGCGCACCAGCAACGAGCACCAGCAGUCCAGCAAUCCAGCAUCCAAAAGUCGGCUUCCACUCAGAAAUUGAAUCUUCCGUUCCGGUCUUGCCAUCUGCAUUUGUCCCCUGCGCUCCACAUUUGUUUGAGCCCCUCGAACUACUCUCCAUGCCACUGGUGGAUCUAAACUAUAACCCUAAGCGACAAAACCGCAUAUAAAUACUUCAUCUUCCAGAAAGUUGUCAGAACUCUUCCGAACAAAUGCAGCAAACCAGACAGCAAGUGACAAACAGACAUACAUCUCACCCGAAUCACCUACACGGAUAACGAAACCCAAGUGCACUUCCAACAUAUAUACUUAUAUAUACAGAUAUCGAAUGUGUAUUGUUAUAGCAACUUUUAUUAUAAGCGUUGAAAUAAAUAAACAGUUUGA